UACUUUUUAACAGCCCUUGUACCGCCCGCCCCGUAUAUAUAAGAGCACUGCGCAUAAAGCUGCAAGUAAAAGGAAUUGUCUUUUAUGUAGGAAGAAGCAAUCGUUUAGAAAUCCACUCUAACCGAAAGCUAUGUCAUCAAAUAUUGGAGUGAGCUUAGAUGGAUAUUUGAACGAUAAGAUCGAUUCUAUAGAAGAUGGUGACGAAUGCAUGACUGAAGCGUACUAUUCGGAGGCUUCAACCUACGACCUCAAAACCAUUCCGGGAAAGGUGGCCUCUGCCAAUGCAGGCGUUGGACAUGCACGGGUGAAACAUGGCAUAAUGGUUGCGGAUGCACGUGGGCCUCAGGCUGAAGCAAUAGCAAAGGCAACCAUCUUAGGGGUUGAAGCAAAGGCUGGGAGCUCUUUAGGACAGGCGCAUGCUAAAGUUGGACCUUUAGCAGGGGCCGCAGUCCAAGGUCCAAAUGUAGAGGCAAGAGUGUAUGGCAAAACGACCACUGGAACAGUAGGUGCUGAGUUAACUCUCGGUGCUGGCAGUGCCUCAGCCAACAUUGGCCCACUUACUGCAACAGCUGGUCUUAAUAUUGACACUGGUGUCAGUGCUGGACUAGGUGGUGUCAGUGCAAAAGUUUUGGGAACCGGUGUCAGUCUCGGUGGGCGAGAAGGUUUAUCAGUUUCUUUCUUAGGAUCCAAACUUAGAUUAUUUUGAAACUUUGUUUAAAACUCAAUCAAAGUUGAACAGUAUUUCAUCAAUAUAAUGUUUGCUAACAGAUAUGAUUAACACUUUGUGCCUAUAUAUAGUCGGAGUGCUGUGUACCAGGUUUAGUACUUUACCAAUAUUUUGUUCCUCAAUUUCAAGGAAAAUGUAGCGAAGAAGCAUAAUAAUUUUAAACAGUGAACACUUUGUAAGAGACCCAAUAGCAAGGUUAUUGUUUCAGGAGUGACUAGGGGAAGACUUCGGGUAGCCGAAGAACCCGAAUCAGUUUAUACCCUACCUCGUUCUCAAUCCUACAUAGAUGGACUAUUUCCGAAAUAAUGGUGGCGGUUCCAUGUGUGAUAUGUUUGUGAGUUUAAAAGAUCAAGUCAUGUCGAUAUACUUCGUGUUUCUUGAACAUUCAUUCUAAAUAGAUUUUUCAUGUUGCUAUUUUUGAGCAAUACAUUUCAUGUCGAGUGUGGGCGGGAAGAAAAUGUUAAAUCAAAAUAGAUCUGAUAAGCAUAUGUUACAUGAUACAGUUCAAUAAAGAGAUAUCGUGUAUUUAUUACAUUUAAAUUUGUCACCAGUGCUUUUAAAUUCACUGACGAAGUGUGCCUUAAACAAGUUGUCGAUUUUUUAAUCAUAUCUGAAUAAAAUAAAGCUGGUGCUUUUGUUGUAAUAUGCUGCGAAAAUUAUCUUUUGUUAAACUGUAUAUUUUGAUAUUUUUAUGCCUUGAAAUAAAAUAACAUUUUAUAUGCAACUUUUUUAAUAAAUGAAAAAAAAAGAUAUACAGUAGUAAAACUUGCAGUAAAUAAAGAACAUCUUUUACAUUGAAGACCUGUAAUUAACCGUGAGAAUGUAUGUACAUGUAGCAUGUAAAUAAAGAUAAAAGCAUU